AUGGCGGCGGCGGGCGACUCUCCCGCGUGCUGCGGGCUGGUGAAGGAGCUGGUGGAGCGGGCGCGGCCGUGUGUGCUGCGCCCACGGUGCUUCUUCGUGGCCUGGAACGGCGUGCUGACGAUCGCGUACAGCGGCUUUCCACCUUCCCUUGCAAGGUUGAAGUCGGAGCUCUCAGCGGAGAUCGAUGCCCUCCCACCUGAGAAACCAGGGUCGCUGUGGCCCAAAACCACGCUUGCAGCAGUCAAGGACAAUCGCAGGCUGUCUCCAAAGCAGCUCACUGCUCUUGGGAAGAUCUGCAGAGAGGCGACAGAGGCCAUGUCACGUUGCAGCCAGGGAAAUAUCCAGGUGGUAGUGGACAGGCUUUCAGUCGUCUUCUAUGCCUGCAGGUGUUUGGAGCGGACGUUGUUCAAGGCAAACUGCAAGUUGGCUGGCAUGCUGGAUGAUUCAGAGCCAACACAAGAGUCCAAGGAGUUCACAAGGCAGGUUGUGGAUGAGGUGAAUACUCCAGACUACUGGUUCCAUGCUAGCAAGGAUGGCCAUCGAGAGUCACACUAUAGAGGGAAUGCCAUGGGGCUCACGCUGGUGCAUGAGCUCGGUCAUUUUUCUUCUCCCACACAGCAGUAUUGGCAUCAAUUGCCAGGUAAGGGGGCCUCAUGCCUGUGGGGGGCAGCUGUACAGCUGUGGCAUAAACCCGACGCAGCUUCGCGCCAUGUGGCCUGUGGCAUAAACCCGACGCAGCUUCGCGCCAUGUGGCCUGUGGCAUAA